AUGGAAGGGAUGGGGCAGAAGAGGCGCCCGCUGGUGGUGAUGGCCUCCUCGUCGACUACGGCGGCGCAGUCGGCGUCGCGCGGCGGGGCCAACCCGCUGGCCGAGCUGACCGACCGCUUCAGGUCGCUGGAGGUCGGGGUGCGCGAGUGGAUGGCGAAGCAGCCCACCCACAUCGAGGCCGCCGUCACCACGGCGUUUGGGGCUGUGCAGGGCGGCGCGCUCGGCGGGCUCAUGGGCACCUUUGCGCCCGAAGGAGGGGCGGGGCUCCCCGUGCCACAGCCGCCUCCCGGUCUCGACCCCAAGGCCAUGGCCACCUUCAAGCAAGCUUUGGCAGGUGGGCCACUGGUGCAAGCUCGAAAUUUUGCAGUCAUGACUGGUGCAAACGCAGGCAUAUCUUGUGUUAUGAGAAGGGUACGAGGAGUGGAGGAUGUCCAGGGCAGCAUGGCAGCAGCGUUUGGUUCUGGCGCUCUGUUCUCCAUUGUGAGUGGAAUGGGAACCCCAAACCCAGUUGUUAAUGCAAUUACAACUGGUAUGGCUUUUGCAGUAUUUCAAGGUGGCUUUUUCAUUGUUGGGCAGAAAUUCUCGAAGACAAAGACACAUAAUGAAGAUAUGAACUAUUCUCGUGGAAGAAAUAUGUUGAACCAAUUAGGCCUCCAAAACUAUGAGAAGAAUUUCAAAAAGGGUCUUCUGACUGAUGAAACAUUGCCUCUUCUCAAUGAAAGCGCACUCAGAGAUGUGAAUAUCCCCCCUGGUCCAAGACUUGUCAUACUUGAGCACAUUAAAAGGUUUGGAAUUAUUGCAGACAUUUCCGGUUUCUGGUGCGUCAGUGUUCUUCAUCUAAUAUCUUAUUUUGCAAUUUUGCAGAGAACCUGGGUUGACGAAAUCAAACUGAAGUGA